AUAUAAGUUAACGACAUUCGUUUAUGUUGGAUAAACGUUUUCAAACACUUUUCUUAACACUUUCGAUGGGAAAUGUGUCAAAAUUCGAUAAUUACCGGCUGCGUUGUCAUAGUUCUUAAAAAUUCGUAACAAAGAUUCAAUCCAACACUUUUUAUAUUUUUGCAUUUUGCAAAGAGCAUUUUCACGAUUCAUUGGAAACAACAAGCUUUAGUUAAACAUGGCGUCACCGACACCAAGCAUUGAAACCCUUACGGACGAAACCAUGCAGAAUCCAAGGAGCAACAUCGGCGACAGCGCCAGCUGCAACAAUCUGGAACAAAGCGAAUCCAUGCACUUAUUCCCGUUGCUCUCUUCAAACAGUCGAAAGGAAGAUGAAAGUUCAGAUCUCUGCACAAAAUUUAAUGAGCUUCCGCCAGUCAAAUCCAAAGUGAGACAUGAAUUAACCGCGUCACUUGGUGACUUGAGUAAGGUAAAGGAACGGGUCUUGAAGUCCGUCAUUGACGAUCUUCCGGAUAAUCCAUUGCUCGACACCAUUAGCAUUACAAGCAGUCGCAGUUUAUUCGUAAAUACCGGCACCAGAAUGAAGUCUGACUUUGGAACUAGAGCUGGAUCUAGCGAUAGAGCUGGUGAUCGAGCUGGAACUAGCGAUCGGGCUAACUAUAAAUUUGGAGCUGACGAUAGUGCUGGAACUAGCGACAAGGCUGGUACUAGCGGCAAAGCUGGUACUAGCGAGCAACCUGGUUCUAACGAUAGAGCUGAAUCUACCGAUGAAACUGAACCUAAUGCUUACAAUGGUCCGAAAUAUCAGUUCCCUGUUGACACUUAUCGGACAAAUCAGCUGUGGGACUUUUACCAGGUGGAUUUUCGGGAGUUUAAGCUAAGUAGUUUCGAAAUGACGCUGGAUAAGCAACAAAAGGCAUUAUUAUCAGAUCUGAUCUACACUUUAAGCGGCGUACGUGGUUUCUUCAUAACUCCGCUGCCUCGAAAUAAUAUUGCUAAGGAUAUCAGCGCUUAUGAGACGAAAUUUCGCGUACACGAGUGUAUAGACAAAUCUUUAGCACACAUUGCUCACGAGAUACUCCCACUGGCCUCCCAUUUUGUGGGCAUCCAAAAGUUGAUGGCGAUCACCGGAGGCCGUGGACAGGUGAACAAUGCCUUAAAUGCGGCACUGAUGGACUUAAGCCAUGAUUUCUAUUUGCUGUUGGCACAAGCGGAAGCGGAGCUGGAGCAGGAUCGCUUGACAUUGCCAAAGUUGCUUUACUAUAUGCAACCGACCAUUUGGAUCAUGAGAGAUAUCUGGGCGUCUCUUUCGAAAAUACUAUUGUGUGAUUUGAAGGGUGCUGCUCUUUUGUCGCAUUUGUGUGAAAGCCUUAAUAAUAUGGCGGGAAAUAAAUCAACCCAGGAUUCAAUGAUGGACCUCACGAACAAAGCCGCGCAGCCGUAUAUGAAUAUGCUACAGCUGUGGACACAAAAGGGUGUCAUUGUGGAUAAAUUUAAGGAGUUUAUGAUCAUGGACAACGAGUCCAAACACAUGGGGCAACUGGCUGAUCAUUACUUCGAUAUCUAUUGGGAGAAGCGUUACACAAUCCGCAGCGAAUGUAUACCCAGCUUCUUGAAGAACUACUCGGACAUGAUACUCCGCACCGGAAAGUAUCUGAACGUGAUAAGGCAGUGUGGUAAGCGUGGAAUGCCCACAAAACUGAUCGAUUUACGCUAUAAUCCCAGAGAUGAACAAGAACAUGUCAAAGUCAUCAAUGAUGCCUACGUUUUUUCGGCUCGAAUGCUUUUGGAUGUGCUCCUUAGCGAUAACGAUAUGAUGGGACAUCUGCAGUCAGUGAAGCGUUAUUUUUUGCUUCAUCAGGGCGAUUUCAUUAUGGAAUUCAUGGAUGCCUGCGAGGAUGAGUUGACCAAAAAUGUGGAUCAUGUGCAGCCAAUGACAUUGGAGAAUUUGCUUGGCCUCUCGCUGCGAUUAACCUCUGCUCGCAACGAUAAAUAUAAGGAUAAUCUACACUGUGAGCUCCUCACUUACGAUCUGGUCACCCAAAUGUCCAAGAUCAUGAAGCCAUCAGAUGGAUGGAAAACUUCUGAUCGCUUGGAUUUGAACGGACUCGAAUGCUUCGCAUUUACCUAUGAGGCAAAAUGGCCCGUUUCCUUGGUGCUUAAUCACACGUCUAUUAGCAAAUAUCAAAUGCUCUUCCGUCAGCUUUUCUACUGCAAACACGUUGAGCGACAGCUGUGCAAUAUUUGGAAGGAAAACUCUAUGGCAAAGAAGUUACCAUCAAAUGUCUCUGAGCUUUAUCGUUCAGCCUUUACAUUGAGACAGCGCAUGAUGAAUGCCAUCCAAAAUCUGGAGUAUUACAUGAUGACUGAGAUCAUUGAGCCCUACUGGCAUUUGUUUGUCGUGAAUUUGAAGAAAGUAGAGAAUAUUGAUAAGCUGCUAAGCCUGCAUCAGGACUUUCUCGACGUGUGCCUUAAAAACUGUAUGCUGACUGAACAGUCGCAUCUUAAUCGGGCUAUAUUCAAGCUAUGCAAGAUCUGUCUUAAAUUCUGUGAAUUUAUACAGCAGUCGGAAAGUUUCUUUCUCAAACCGGAACUCAAGACAAUGGUCCGGGAUCAGUCAGACUCUGAGAUAGCUGCUCCGGAUCAGAAACAAUCUAAAGAUUCAAUGGAUCAAUCGGAUACCUUUGCUAAGCGCGUGAAGAAUUUUGAUGCGGAAUUUACGACCAUGCUCAUAUCAUUCCUCAAACAACUCAAUGAUCUGGCCCAGGCUAAUACCGGCGAUCGUUUCAUAUAUCUUGUGCGUAGAAUCAAUUUCAAUGGAUAUUACUCUGAACAAAUGGAAAAGUUGCAUGACAUAAAAUAUAAAUAAUCCCCUGUUGUCUACUUUCUGUACUGUUCUUCAGAACAGGGAGAAGAAAGUUAAAAAUUUCAUUUAUCGUCUAAUAAAUGUGAUAAAACGA